CAGAUGUAAAGAUUCUCCCCUUUGAGUGGGUAUCACACAAGGUCAGUCAGCAAAUCCUGCUCUAAAAAUAGAUGCCAGUUUCAAAGUUGGUAAGAUUUUCUUUGUCGUCCCUGUCGGACUCCGAAGAUCCACGCUACCUACAGCUCCCAGAUACACUUACAGGUAAGCCAGGAGUUCUCCCACACACACAUCUCUCCAAUACUGCAAGCAACACUCAUCUCUCUGCAGCCAGAUGUCUUCGGCAGGACUGAAAUCUGGGAAGAUAAGUGCGUACACUGCAGUCAAAGUGGACCCUGAUGGGGACUACUGUACCCCUGGAGCGUUUGACCUGGAGCGGCUCUUCUGGAAAGGCAGCCCAAAAUACACACACGUCAAUGAAGUCUGGCCCAAUCUCUACAUAGGAGAUGAAAAAACAGCCCUUGAUCGUUACAGCCUUGAGAAAUCUGGCUUCACUCACGUCCUCAAUGCAGCCCACGGCAGGUGGAAUGUGGACACGGGACCAGAAUACUACAGAGACAUGGCCAUUGAAUACCACGGUGUGGAAGCAGACGAUCUGCCUACCUUCAAUCUCAGCCCCUUUUUUUACACUGCUGCUGAAUUCAUCGACAAUGCUCUCCAGAAUGAAACAAACAAGAUUCUAGUGCACUGUGCUAUGGGCCGUAGCCGCUCUGCCGCAUUGGUCUUGGCUUACCUGAUGAUCUACAAGAACAUGACUGUGGUCGACGCCAUCGAUCAAGUGCUCAAGCAUCGAUGCAUCCUUCCCAACCGCGGUUUCCUGAAACAGCUCAGAGAACUGGAUAUAAAGCUGGCCUUAGAGAGGAGCAAUGCCGCAAACAGAAUCGACUCUAGCAGAAAACGGGAGGCCGGCACUGAGACAGAGAUCUAACAUUCCCUAUUGUCCAGAGAACAAAUAAUUUAAAAAAAGAAUCAGGGAGCUUGAAACAGUAA